AUGUCAAGUGAUGAACAAAUUCCUGUUGUUACUGAGGUUGAAAAUACCAAAGAAUCUCAUCAUAAUACAAAUACAACAAAUGAAGAUAAUGUGAAUAAAGUUAAUGAUGAUGAUGAUGAACAAGUUCCACAAUCGAAUGAACAAUUAACAACAGAAAAAGCACAAGAAGAAAAAGAAGAAGAAGAAAAUAAAUCGGAAAUAACGGCUAAUGCUAAAGAAGAAAACAAUGAUGAUGAAAAAAUAAAUACAAAUAAUAAUAAUAAUAAACGUGAUAUUGAUGAAGUUGAAAAAGAUGAUAAUGAGAAAAAAAAUGGUCAAACACAAAAUGAAGAUGAAGAAGCUAUUGUAUCAACAACAACAAAUAAAAAAAUGAAAAUUAUGGAUCCAUUAACAAGUGAAAAUGGUGAUGAUACAGAUGAAACAUCAUUACCAAGUGCAAAAGUUCCAAAUGAAGAACUAACUGUUGUUUAA